UCUCCCCUUAUUCUGUCGUCUGCUCCUCGUGAUGAUUUCAGAAGGCAUGGCUUUCUCCGAUGAACAGCAUGAAAUGUCGACUUUCAACAAUGAAAAAUGCUCUGAUGUGCAUAGAGCGGGGAAUCUGGAAAAAGUGCUAUCCACUCAACUUUCAAUAAAGGAAAGUAUGAAGACAUUUGGCACUAACAGUGUAAGGAGUUUAGGAUCCUUUAUGGGGUUAUCAGAGAACAACUCUCAGCCCUUGUCUUUGUGGAAAGAAACAUGGAUAAAGAGAGUUAAGUCAGGAAAUACAGGAAUCUCUCUAGAGGUCCACACAAGUGAAAGAAAGCCAACUCCAGGUGAUGAAAUAGAGGACACACUGUUGAAACUGGAGAGGAUAGAAACUUCUAUCAAUACUGAUACACUGUUUGAUAGCCAAGAGGAUUUGUCUUUGCUUGAUGCUGGCUUAUUUUUGCUAUUAAAAGAUGUCCAAGAUGAUAAACAAAAUUCAAGACCUGCAAAACUGUUUCAGGACACUGAAAACAGUGAACCAUAUGGUAUGGAAGACAGUGAACUUGCAAAUUUAAUGUCUUUGUGCAGAACUGAUCCAGUGGAGGAGAGCCAGUUUGUGUCAUGUACAAAUCUAAAUGUACAUUUAGAUGAAGCCUGUGAACUGAGUUCUGAUCAGCCGAAAGGAGUUGAAGGCACUCAUGAGAAAGAGGUCAGAGUGGCACGAUCUAUUGAAUCAAAAAAACAAGGGCAUAAAUCUACCUCAGCAGCUGACACAGAUGAGGUUCAUGUUGUUGUUGCUGGAGAGGCCAAGAGAAUCAAACCUGCAUUAGAUGGCAAAUAUGUAUAUGGAAAGGAAGCUCUUCAGCAUUACAAGUUGCUCAGAGAGUUAGAAAGAAUAAAACAAAGAGAACAGAUUCACAUGGAGAAGAAAAAAGUUGUGGAGAAACUUGAAUGGCAGCUGCAAACUCUAGAGAAAGUUGCAGAAGUUGGGAAAGGAGAGGCUGCUAAAAAAUGGCAUGACCUGCAGAAAGAUGUGACUGAUAAAUGUGGUGAUCAGCUUCCACUGGAGGACCAGCUGGGAAAGUUACCAGUUUUCUUUCCGCAUUUUACAUGUUUUAUAGUUGUUGCACAGAUUGUGACCAUUAUAGUGAUGAGUUCCCUGGCAGGUGUGACAACGAUUGGCUUUGAACCACAACUGGAAUUCAUGGAAAACAUCAAAACAUUUUUGGGAUCAGAGACAGUGCACAAAUUAGUUGUGCCCAACCCAUGGAUCGGACCAGCAAGUUCCUCUUUUAUAGGUUUGGGUGCAAUGUUUGCUCCAUGCAUGAGAGAGGACUAUAACCUUAGUGUAAAACUUGUGCAGCAAAACUACUCCCUUGAAGAAGAGCUGGGAUGUUGUGAGAUAUUCACUAGGAACACAGCUGGUACCACAACAGAACAGGAAUGUGACAAAGUAACAAAUGGAGCUGGGAGUUGGCAUGGAGGAACACUGUGUAGUCAGAGAUCCAGUGGGAACAACAGCAUACGACACAACAUCAAACCUUGUUGUGUUGGUAUCAGAGGCAGUUGUUACAUGACAUCACAUGAGCAUUGUAUUUUUCUGGAGGGCCUUUAUCACGUCACAGGAAGUGAACACUGCAGUCAGGUUAACUGUUUGAGCAGCACAUGUGGGCUGGGUGGCCUGGAGACGUCUCCCGGCCAACCGUGGCUAGCUGUGUCCCCUAACCAAUGGUGGAGAGUUCUCCUCUGCCUGAUAUACAACCAAGGCAUCCUUCAGAUGAUUGUUGUCUGCACAGGACAUCUACUCCUGACACGCAGGAUUGAGCCUAUAGCAGGAUGGCUGAGGGUGAUGAUCAUAUACCUAUGGGCUGGAAUACUAGGAGUCCUGGCUGGAGCAGUUUUCAGUCCUUAUGAACCUCACUUUGGCACAGUGGGAGGUUUGUUUGCCUUUGUGGGAGUAGCCAUAGUGGAGUUCUUACAAUCAUGGAAGCUUGUUGAAAAACCUUUGAGAGAGCUUGCAAAACUACUGGCUGUCAUCUCUGUUUCAUUGAUAUGUGGAACACUGCCAUUCCUUAGUAACUUUCAGUUGCUGAUCAGCAUGUUAACAGGAAUGCUAACAUCAGUCAUCAUCCUACCCUAUGUGACAUUUGGACAUUGGAAUGAAAAAUGUCGAAAGAUUCUUGUGGGAAUCAGCAUUCCUCUUCUCCUCCUUCUGACAUUCAUCAUAAUGUUUGUGUUCUACUGGGUACAAACACUACAGCACUGCCAAAGUUGUCAAGUUUUUGAAUGUAUUCCAUACACCACUAGGUUUUGCUUAACAGGAUACUGAUACUGAUUGAUAUACAAGUAUAACAUGUACACAUGUAAUUUCAGUGAUCCCCUGGUCUAUGCAUGCUGUUUGAUAACCUUCUGUACUGUUGCAUUUAAUGCAAAAUAAACCCACUGAUCACUGGUACUAGUCACAUCUACAUGUAGUAGUGUGGAGAAAAUGCGAUGAAAGGUGAAAAUUAUUUUUUGGCAAAAGUUUCCACCAUUAGACAGUUUCCAUAUCUUAUCUGUGAGGGAAUACAGAAUCAUCGCUGAUUGCCUUGUGUCAGACAUAUCCAAGUCCAGGCUAUGCCUAGGAUAAGCUGAAUAUGAGGUAUGGUGGACUGAUUCAAGCGUAACCAAAGCUUUAGGUUUUGACUGCUAGGAAAUCCUAUCUUCAUUUCAUUAUUUUCUAGUAUAUGUAUAUGUGAAAAAGCCGUCACUGCUCGCACUACUUUACUUCUUCUUUAUCCUCAUCCUGCAGAAAAUGACAGACAGGACAUUGGAUUAUAUCUACAGUGAGAAGUUUAUACAAAUACAAAUUUCAAAGUUAAUGUUCUCUUAGAUGUAUUCACCUGAGGAUAAUAAAAAGUUUGUAGUGUUAUC